GCACUCGGCACGGGGGAUAUGCUUUUGAUUUAUUAAUCAGGUCAGCGAACAUCCCACAGCUUAGGGGAACCGACAGGAGUGCGCCGGAAGAGUCAUGGGCUUCUGAGUGCUAAAUGUACAUGCAAACAACUGAAUGAAACAUGGUGCACGCAAUCUGCCCCGAGAUCGCAAAGGGAUUUGCUCCUCUGUUCCUUUCUACUCUAAACACAGUGAAGUUUCUAUGAAGAUCAGACCUGAUAUUGAAGGAUUCCACUUGUACAACCACUGCUGACCGCAUUCGAGUGUGCAGCUCCAUCAACCCAGAGUUUCAAUUAAGGACCAGAAACCGAAUUUAAUGCAUUAGAUGGCAAUACAUGUUUGCAUAUUUAAAAAAACAAAGAAGAACAGCUGGAUCUGAAGCACAGAGAACGUACUUGGAGAGAUCUGGGAAAUCUACAUGAAUCACGAGGAAUUCUUCUAGACACCAUUUUUUACUCGUAUAUGCUGAGAUAUACUCUCCCAGAGACAAAUGCUGACUGUGAAUGGUUUGUCGUUGUUUCUUUGGAUCCUGCUUGAUGAGGGUCUAUUAACACCCCUGGAGUCAUUGUCACCAAAGAGUUCAGGUCGUAGAAGGAGUGACAAUGCAGUUGAACUGUCAGGAGAUGGAGCUCCUACCCUUCAACGUGUUCGACGUGGCUGGAUCUGGAACCAGUUCUUUGUACUGGAAGAAUAUAUGGGGUCUGAACCUCAGUAUGUGGGAAAGCUACACUCUGACCUGGACAACGGAGAUGGCUCUGUAACAUACACUCUCUUAGGCCAAGGAGCUGGCUCGAUUUUCACCAUUGAUGAGAUAACAGGGGACAUUCAUGCAAUAAAGAGUCUGGAUCGAGAAGAAAAGUCUUUCUAUGUUCUUCGCGCGCAGGCUGUGGAUACAGAAACCAGAAGACCCGUGGAGCCCGAAUCUGAGUUUAUCAUUAAAGUUCAAGAUAUUAACGACAACGAACCAAGGUUUCUGGAUGGGCCUUAUGUUGCUAAGGUCCCGGAAAUGUCUCCUGCUGGUUCCUUUGUGCUUCAGAUAACAGCCACGGAUGCAGAUGAUCCUACAUACGGCAACAGUGCAAGAGUGGUGUACAGUAUCCUGCAAGGACAGCCCUAUUUUUCUGUGGAUCCCAAAACAGGUGUCAUCAGAACAGCUUUAGCCAACAUGGACAGAGAAGUCAAGGAAGACUAUCAAGUUAUCAUCCAAGCCAAAGACAUGGAAGGACAAAUGGGAGGGUUGGCAGGCACGACAACUAUAAAUAUCACGCUUACUGACGUCAAUGACAAUCCACCCAGGUUUGCCAAAAAUACCUUUCACCUAAAGGUUCCUGAAUCAACUCCUGUUGCUUCACCAAUUGGUAGAAUAAAAGCCAAUGAUGCUGAUAUUGGAAUGAAUGCUGACAUAGAUUACAGCAUUGUUCCUGGAGAUGGGCUGAAUGUAUUCGACAUUACAUCUGAUAAAGCUACUCAAGAAGGAGUCAUCAGCUUGAAGAAGCCACUGGACUAUGAAAAUAAGAAAUCAUACGUCUUCAAAGUAGAUGCCGUAGAUCCUCAUCCAGAUAAUCGCUUCCUGUCAAUGGGUCCUUUCAAAGACACAGCUACCAUCAAGGUCACCAUUCUUGAUGUGGAUGAACCUCCCGUUUUCAGCAGGUCCUCCUACGUAAUGGAUGUUUAUGAAGAUACCAAUGUGGGCAGUAUUAUUGGAGCAGUAACAGCACAAGAUUCUGAUGUUAGCAACAGCCCAGUCAGGUACUCAAUUGAUGAGAGCAGUGACCAGAAGAGAUACUUCACCAUUGAUGAGAUUGAUGGAACUAUUGCUACCAAUGACAUUCUGGACAGAGAGGAUAUCUCCCAGUAUAAUAUUUCUAUCCUAGCAACAAAAGUCAGCAACCCUGGGUUAGUCAGCAAAGUCCCUGUGACCAUUCAGGUUUUAGACGUUAAUGAAUAUGCACCAGAAUUCUCAGUGCCUUAUGAGACCAUGAUGUGUGAAAAUGCCAAGUCUGGUCAGGUAAUUAUGACAAUCAGCGCUGAGGACAAAGACCUGCCACCCACAGCUCCACAAUUUCACUUCAGGCUGUCACCGGAGGACGAUACAAAUCCAAACUUCACCAUUCAAGACAAUGGAAACAACACAGCUGGAAUCUUAUCUAAGAGGAACGGCUACAGUCGCAGACAAUUGGAGCUCUAUUUCCUUCCAGUUGUGAUCUCAGACAGUGGCUACCCUACACAAAGCAGCACAAAUACUUUGACAAUACGAGUCUGCGGAUGUGAUAUGGAUGGUACAAUCUUAUCCUGUAACGUAGAGGCAAUCUUUCUGCCAGUGGGCUUGAGCACAGAGGCAUUGAUAGCAAUCUUGCUUUGCAUUAUUAUACUUCUUGUUAUUGUCGUGCUGUUUGUGGCAUUAAGAAGACAAAGGAAGAAAGAAAUCUGCAUGACUUCGAAGGAGGAUAUCAGAGACAAUGUAAUCAGUUAUGACGACGAAGGAGGUGGAGAGGAAGACACCCAAGCUUUUGACAUUAGCACACUAAGGAAACCUGACUUAAUUGAAGAUAUACAGCUACGAAGAGAUGUAAUGCCUGAGACCCGCCAUCCACAUCGUCAGACCAUAAUAGUGAAAAAUAGCACAAACAUCAGAGACUUCAUCGACCAGCGAUUGCGAGAGAACGAUGCAGAUCUCAGUGCACCUCCUUAUGAUUCACUGGUUACAUACGCUUACGAAGGGAACUGCUCAUUGGCUGAGUCACUCAGCUCUUUGGAAUCAGUUAAUGCAGAUAUGGAUCAGGAUUAUGAUUACCUCACCAACUGGGGACCACGGUUUAAAAUACUGGCAGACCUUUAUGGAGCAGAGAAAACCAACAGUCGAUAAAUAGUAAAAAGCAACAGUAAAUACGCGGUUUGGUAAAUUUAAGGACAAAUGAGUUUUGUCUCUUUUUUUUUGGUUAUGGCUGCCGUUGUUAUUUGCUAUGUCAACUAUUGUUUUACUGUGAAAUAGUCUUAUUAGGUACCACAAAGAUAUGAUUGUGAGAUUAUUGUGACAUUGUGAAAUUGGAGAGAGGCAGACUCAAGCAGUUUCUUUGACAUAAUUGGCCAUACAGUUGUAACUGCUAAAGAAAUCAAAGCUGCAGUUUUUUUGUUCUGCAAUCUCCACUAAAGUGCCUCAAUGAACUUUGAACACUGCAGAUCUUUAUGCUCUUCAGAAAGAGUGCAAGUUUUUAUUAUACAGCUAAAAGGUGUUCUUAAGUUGAAUUAAAAGACACUUCAAUA